CGAGAAAAAAACAAGAAACCCAAAGGAAAACAGGAGAAAAGGUGCUGAAACAAACCAGACACCAAAGAAGAAGAAGACGAAGAAGACAAAAGGGAAACAAAUCUAGAAGUUUUGUGAAGUAAUUUCUGCAGCAUUUCAAAUGGAGAGCAUACGAGCAGUCGUCUACCUGUCUGUCUGUCUGACUGUGAUGACAUCAGUUUGUCAGGGUCAAAGGUCAUCUGAAAAUCAGCUGCAGUCUGUGCCGGAUGAUCCGAUCAUCGGACUGUCCACCAGCGAACUGGCUGAAGCUCUGCAGGGUCUGCUGGACGAGGCCGACAGCAGAGUGGCUCUGUCUGUGGAGAAGAAAGCCAGCGUCAUCCCACGGUGUGACGUGGGUGAGCGCUGUGCGAUGAAGCACGGACCUCGCAUCGGGCGACUCUGUGACUGUCUGAGAGGAACGGCCUGCAACACUUUCUUCCUGCGCUGCUACUGAACACUCACACACAUUAGGACUUCUAUAUUUAUGAGGACUUAAAACUCUGGCCCUGAACCUAAAGUCAGGUCUUCAGUUUUAAAGAGACCACACUUUUGUUUGUCCUCACAAGGAUAGAGGUGCACACCAUCACACACAUUUGGCUGUCUCUCUGCAUGACUGUGUCUUUUUUUUAAGUGUCCGUGUCCGUCCU